GCUCACACGACCUUCGAUGACUCCAAAAUUUACGUAUGUAACAUUCCAGCAAAUAUUCUUGCUAGCAUUGGGCUUCAAGAACUGCAGUCUAGUAACAGUAAAUUUGAGCGUUCACGCCAUGCUGGUUUACUUAACGUAUGUGGUCCUGCCCUUUCCUUCAUCUACACCACACUGUUAUUCGUUAUAGUCCGAUGCAACACCUCGUCCCGCGCGUCGUAAACCGGUGAUAAUACCUGCCAUGUGUCCUAUCCCUCGACCUUUGCCUACCAGGGACCCACAUGCUCACCUCCGCUUUCUACGCAAACUUUUUUCUUCUUCUCGUACAGAUGCGGUUUGCACUGACGAGCCUCCUAAUCCCCUGGAUUUUCCUGCUACAUUCCCCCUACCUCGUGCACUUCCAAAACAUGGCGAUAAUGCUCGACACACGCCAGUACCACGCACCACCCAAUCCUCUGCCAUCAGUACUUCCUCAAAUCUCAAAUCCCGCCUACAUCGACUAUCAACUCAUGCAUCACCCACUAUCGUCGAUGUUCCUCUCGCGCCUGGUAGACUGCGGUACGCUGCAGCGGGUGCUCCCGGCCCUGAAGAUGACCUUAUACGUGAUGAAGACUAUGUUCCUCCUCCUAAUGCCGGCUCACGCCCAGGGACUGUCAACUCCGGACAGCAUGGAAGAAGCCGGUUGUGUUUCUGCUUAUAGCUGAAUUCGAUCGGAUAUCUUGUUACUCUAAUCAUUACUCAUAGUAUGCGUUGUCCUCCC